GAAGUGAAUCCUCCUGGGAUAAGGAUAAGAUGCAGUCUCCUUUUGUUGCUCCUGGACCCCAACAUGGAAUUGCUCAUGCAUCCCUGGCUAGCCAGCCAGGCCUUGGGGGUACUCCUACCCUCAAUCCACUGCAGCAGAACCACCUGCUGACCAAUAGACUGGAUCUGCCAUUUAUGAUGAUGCCUCAUCCUCUACUUCCAGUCAGCUUACCUCCUGCAUCAGUUGCCAUGGCAAUGAAUCAGAUGAACCAUCUUAAUACUAUUGCCAACAUGGCUGCUGCCGCCCAGAUUCACAGUCCACUCUCCAGAGGGGGGGCUUCAGUUAUAAAGGAACGGAUUCCACAGAGUCCUUCUCCUGCUCCUUCUCUGGAAGAGAGUCAUUGCCCUGGGAGCCAGACCUCCUCCCACCCCAGCAGCAGCAUGUCCAGCUCUCCCUCUCAGAUGGAUCACCAUUCAGAGAGAAUAGAAAAGGUACCUGUUCAAAUUCCAAUGAUGAAGUCACCCUUGGACAAGAUCCAACUGACUCCUGGGCAGGCACUGCCUUCUGGAUUUCCUGGACCAUUCAUUUUUGCUGAUAGUCUGUCCUCUGUGGAGACUCUGUUGACCAACAUUCAGGGUUUACUGAAAGUAGCUUUGGAUAAUGCUCACAUUCAAGAGAAGCAGAUUCAACAAGAAAAAAAGGAACUGCGCCUGGAGCUCUAUAGAGAGAGAGAAAUUAGAGAAAACCUUGAAAGACAACUGGCAGUUGAGCUUCAAAGCAGAACUACCAUGCAAAAACGCCUAAAGAAGGAGAAAAAAGCAAAGAAAAAACUACAAGAAGCCUUGGAAUUUGAAUCAAAGUGCAGGGAGCAAGUGGAGCAAGCACUUAAGCAAGCCACUACUAGUGACAGUGGACUAAGGAUGUUGAAAGAUACUGUGAUUCCAGAUAUUGAAAUAGAAAACACUGGAACUCCACAUGAUAGUACUGCUAUGCAAGCCUGAACACUGAUGCCGGAACUCCAACUGAUCAUAGGCACGAAUAGGGAGGUAACUAUUACUGUUUAGCAAUGGCACAACAGUUUUAUUUGGCCGGAAAGGUCCUCACUGGCUUUACAUAAAUGAAGAUGCUUGUGAUUCCAGUUUAUCUCUGGAACUAUUCAACAUGGAGUUAUUUUAAUUGUUUUUAUCAGCAAAGCUUUGUUUACUGAAGGAGUUAUUCAAUCUAUAUUACAUUUUUUAUAAAAAAUAAUGUGUGUACAUUUUAAAAACAAUGAUGGAAGCUUUGUUUUUGCAUUAGAUUACCAGUUUAAGAAUAUGAGCUAAAUAUUAAUGUCUAAAGUAACUUGACCAUAUUUUAUGCUUUUCUAUGCUCACUUCAGCUUGGCUUCUUGUCUUUUAAGGGAAAAAAUGCAGUAGUGUGUUAGAGACUAGAAACAUGUAUGGUUUCUCUGUUCUACCAUAUAUUAAGUUAAAGUGCAUCUUUGUUAAAAAUGUACUUGCUAAACUUCAGUAAAAUAAAAGCAUUAUGACUUUG